AUGUGCGGCAUCACAGAGCCCGAGGAGUUCCGCGACAUGCUAUCGGGCAACGAAAAGCUCUGCAUCGAAACCCCGAGCGGGAUCUACAUGGGAUACACGGUCGAGUCCUGCAUCUCAUUCAUCGACACGGUCAUGGUCAUGAAUACAUUUGUAGAUGCCGCCAGCCCGGUCCGGAUGCGAUUCCUGCGCGCCGUCUACGCAUACAUGCCGUGGAGGGCGAUGCCGUUCUUCGAUCUCAGACCCUAUUCCUACUCGCAGGUCGAGGCCGUGGCGAGGCUGCUGUACGACCUGGAGACGGAGUUUCGGGUUGCCGGGAGUUUCUACAUCGACCUGUGGAAGAAGGGGGCGAGGGAGUACAGGACCCAACCGGGAGCGCUACAGAUCCAGUCCUUCGAUAUGCGACUCCUUGACCAGAUUUUUGUGAGCGGCAGCGUGGCUAGGCAGGAGGAGCCGGGCAAUGCGAGAAUGCCAAACGGGGACGGCUGGGGCAAUGGUCAUCGUGAACCGCAAUUGCCUCACGACGCCAGACUUCCGAACAUGCAGCAUGGCAACCAAAAGAAGGGACCAAGCAGCGCCAUCAUGGUUGACGGAUACGGUGGCGGCGUUGCUGGCCAGAGACUAGGCAAUGCCGGAGUACCAUAUGGGCCCGGUUGGGGCGCUCUCAACUGGGGAGCAAACAACGCCAGAAGCCAAGGCGGAUACGAUAAUAGCCAGAGACCUGGUAACACCGCAAAGCUCAACAGAUACGCUGGUGACCGCGCCUAUGGAGGACCCAAUAGCUACAUCAGCCCGAACGGAAAGGACAACCACAAAGCUGGGAAGGAGCCUGAACGUCGGAUAAAGCAAGAGCAAGAAGAAAAGAUCGGCAACCGCGAUCAGGUUUCUGUCCCGCAGCCGCAGCGGGGCGGAGGAGAGCUUCUUAGUCCUCAAGGUCACUCCAAACUCAAGUCGGAGCAAGAACGACGAGAAGAAUACCAGAUGGGCGGUUCUGGCCAAGUCUCUAUCAAAAUUGAAGCGGAGUCUGAUUGA